GCUUUCGAUGAAAUUACUCGAUCAAAAUAUAUGGACAUUAUAACAACUUAUUUUUUGCGAAAAGAAUAAUCGAUCACAUUUUUUGCGAAAGAAGGAAGUAUUAAUGCUUUCGAUUAUCCAUUAGAGAAAGAAUUGUGCUCAGAAUUACUCGAUGAAAUGCCUAUGGAAGAUGCUAUUGAUGCUAAUAAACCGAACAAAGAAGUCAUCAGAUAUGCACAAUGCCUCCACCUAAGUCUCAAACUACACAUUUAGGUAAUUUUUCUCACUUCUCGAGGCCAAUCAGGGGCGAUGUGGGAGAAUCAUCAUCUAUCAAGACAGUAGGAUCGAGCACUUGUGGGAGUAACCAAGUUCCAAAUCAAGGUGAUGUGAGCAACAAUUUGAGCAGGUGUGUAUUUGAAAAAGGGUCAAAAGGCAAAGGACCGAUGAUUUCGGUUCAAGGAGUUCACGCAAAUACAUUUGAUACUACUAUGACUUCUUCAUCCGGUGGGCCUGGUUGUAGUUUUGGGAGGACAACAGGGAAGCAGAGUAUGAGCAAUCAGAACAACAAGAGGAAGGGGAGAGAUGCAGAGGAAUCUGAAUGCCAUAGCGAGGAGGCUGAAUAUGAAUCGAUUGAGGCUAAAAAGCACACUCAACAGUCUACAUCCACCAGAAAAAGUCGUGCUGCUGAAGUUCAUAAUCUAUCGGAGUGGAGAAGAAGAGACAGAAUUAAUGAGAAGAUGAGAGCAUUGCAAUAACUCCUUCCUCAUUGCAACAAGGUAAAGUAAACAUGAAAAUUUUAUGUUUUCCUUAUGAAAUUGUCUUUUCCAUUUUGAUAUAAUUAAUAUGUUCAAUGACAAGUUGCAUUAUUCUCUGAUAUCAAUGCUCUAAAGUUGCAUUAUUUCUCACCCCUUAUCUUUGCAAGUUGCAUUAUUUCUCUGAUAUCAAGUUGCAUUGUUUCUCACUCCUUACUUAAUUACAAGACUAGAAGGGACAGGAGACUAGCACAAAUAGUAUUGCUUCCAUAUUUUUGCGUGGUCACGUCGACUUGAACACAGGUAAGUGUUGUGGUCCUAUGUUGUGCCGUGAACUUGUAGCCUUUAGUCUUUCCAAUCUUUUGAAGUUGAAUAUUGGAUAAUUUUCUUGGAGUGCAAUGACAGUAAUGUUAAACCUGUAGCAGUUAAAUUGAACCAACUCUGCUAUGAUAAAUUCGACGUAAGUCUAUAAAAUCUUUCAUGGAGUUUUGUUUAUUGAAAUUGUUGAUUGUUUUCUGUGCAGAGCAAAGCUUGACAAGCAUGACAGACUCUUGGAAUUUGUUCGAAAACUCAAGUCUUCAUGUGUUGAAACGGUGGAGUCAGGCAAAAUGACUAAGGAUCUUGCCCUUCUUGUCCAUGGUCCUAAGUUAGUAUUCUCAUUCCGUGUUCUUUACUUAUCUUAUACAUCAACGGUUCAUGAAUCACAAUAUAUGAGUCAACAUGAUUUGUUCAAUAUUCGAUAAUCAAAAUUCACUAUAACUUCAAUCUUCUGUGAUAAAUUGAUUGUAGUCUCAGACUUCAUCACCUUUAUAAUUGCUAGAAUAAUCUGAUAAUUCUAGGUAGUUUUUCAUUAAUCCUUUAAUAAAUUUCUUUCUUCGCAUUGUAGCAACUUGUGGCUCAAUAAAUACGGUUAACAAGUCUUAAUAACUGACUAAUAGCAUUUCCUCAUUUUGCUUUUACAUAUUGUUUAUAUUGCGUUUUUGCUUUUUUGAUUAUCUGUAUUAUCUUUUCUUUUAAUAUGGUAUCAAGAGAGUUUUACCUAAGCAUAGAGGAAUUUAUUGAUGCUGUUGCGCAAAACCUGAAAGAUAAGAUUCAAGUGGCAACGACAACGGUUGUAUAGGUAUGUUCAAUUCUAUGUUUUAUCUACAAAUGCAAAAUGUUUUCAAUGAGUAGGUAGGAUAUAGUUUCUAAGUGGUAUAAUCGUUUCACUUGCAGAUAUUAGUUGUUUGCAUGUCAAUUUUGUUCGAAUGGCACAAACAGUAAUAGUGAAUCAGUGACCCAAUUGAGGUCUUAGUGACACGAGGAUGAAGCUAAGGACUUACCAAUAAUAACAGAUACUAACAAGCAGAAGAAGCUGUAUAAAUAUUUAUAAUCAAUAAUUUUGGUACAUAUACACAAUGUUAUACACAAUUAUUAAUGUGAACGAUAUAGAUUUUGAAUUGUGGAUAAUUGUUGUAUUCUUGCCGGAAUAUUUUCCUGUGAGUCAUCACAAGCAGUCACUUGGUUGGGAUUGGGCAGAGAAAGCAUGCUGAUGCUUAUCUUUAGGACUAUCCACUAAGUAAAACACAACUACCAACUUAUCCAUGUUGUGAAUGGUGGUGGCACGUAUCGUAUAUUGUACAUUUGAACAUUCACUUGAUCAAUGUAUCGAAGAUUUUUAUGUGUAUAAUUGUGUUCUUAUCCCCAAAAUUUUGGGAUAAAGUCUUUGUUGUAGUUGUUAAAUGUAAUUGCAAUAGAUUUGAUCUUUUUUAUUUGUAUAUGUAAAACAUUUGAUGUUUUAUUCAAAAAUUUCUACAUGUUUACAGGAGCAUAUAUCAGAUCAUAUAUCACAGUUGUCAGGUUAAAUGCCAGGUUCAAUGAUUAACCCAUAAUGUUGAACUACACAACUAUAUACAUUACUUGAAGGGAUAAAUAAGCAAGAGAUUUAACUAUCUGUGUUAAGAGUUUUAAUUAUCUAUGUUUCUAUGUUUAAAUAUGGUCUUCAAGUAUAUGAUGAAUUACAAACAAAUACCUAUCUGCAUAUCCUCAUUAGUUAUAUAUGAUGGACUUCAAAUAUGUUUAAGAUAAAUUUAUCGUGACAAAACAAUAUCCUCAUUGGUUAUAUAUGAUGGACUUCAAGUAUGUUUAAGAUAAAUUUAUCGCGACAAAACAAAAAUGAGAUGAGGAAAAAUUGCGCACAAAAAAAUCUGUAAAGAUGCCGUGCUUAGCACGGGAUGAAUACUAGU